GUCGCCGUGGCAGCGGGCUGCGCAGUCGUCGUGGCAGCGGGCUGCGCAGUCGCCGCGGCAGCAAACGGCGACACGGGCGGGGUGUGGGUAGAGGCGCGUGGGCGCGUCCUGGGGGUGCGGGCGUCCUCGCGGGGAGCGUCGGCGGCGUCAGUCGAGUGAAGGUGCAGGCCGUGGGUGUAGUUGCGCAGGAAGGAAAUGCCUCGCUGCAGGCCAGUGGAGCGCGGCGAGGGCGAGACGGGCGAUAUGGGCGUCGCGGAAACGGUGGGGGCGGCUGGUGCUGGGGCAGUGAACAUGGCCGCAGGGUCGGGGCUCAGCACGGUGGGCGCAGAACGACGGGCGCAGAGCGGUGGGCUCAGAGCGGUGGGCUCAGAACGGCGGGCUCAGAGCGGUGGGCUUGGGACGGUGGGCUCAGAACGGCGGACUUGGGACGGUGGGCUACAGAGCACGAGGGUCAACGGGCGGGCGCAUCAACAGAGCGAGGCGGUCAACGGACGGCGCAUCUACAGAGCACGAGGGCGGCGCUGGGUGUGGCCAAGCUCCGUCUGGGUGAGGAGUCGACGGCGCAUGCAGCAUGCAGGUCGAGCCAGUCGACUCGAGGGCUAGAACCAGCAGACCAGGCGAGACGGCGAGGCAGUUGCAAAGCAGCACGUCAACAGACGCCUGCACCGGCACCGGCACCGGCACAGGCCAGGCACAGGCACAGAGCAUAGUCAGCAUAGGGACUGGGAGCAGCGCCAGCGGGCAGCCGUCUGGUGUGCACUGUGCUGUGCGCACUGCGCAG